GUUGUUUUCAUUCAAAAUUAUAAUAAAUUAUAAAUCAACCAAACCGGUUUACCCCCGAACCGGGAACUAAAAUCGAUUCCCUUCCCUCUCUCCUCCGGUGACCACUCACUCUCGCUCUUGGGCCGCCACCGAAAAUGUCGACUCUAGCUCGGCUGUCCAAAAAAGCCCUAACCGCCACACUCCCGUCCCAACGCGUUCUCAGCCGCACUCUCGCCGCGGGAGCGUCGGCGACGGUGAAGAGCAUAACGGAGUCGCCGGACCGAGUGAAAUGGGACUACAGGGGACAGAGGAGGGUGAUCCCUCUCGGACAGUGGCUCCCCAAGAUCGCCGUUGACGCUUACGUGGCUCCCAACGUCGUCCUCGCCGGUCAGGUCGCCGUCCUUGACGGCUCCUCCGUCUGGAACGGCUCGGUUCUCCGCGGCGAUCUCAACAAGAUCACUCUCGGAUUCUGUUCCAACGUCCAGGAGAGGUGUGUUGUCCAUGCCGCUUGGUCUUCGCCUACAGGACUGCCAGCAGAGACAUCAAUUGAAAGGUUUGUGACGGUUGGUGCAUACUGUCUCUUGAGGUCCUGCACAAUUGAACCAGAGUGCAUUAUAGGGCAGCAUUCCAUCCUCAUGGAAGGUUCUUUGGUGGAGAGCCACUCUAUCCUUGAAGCUUGCUCUGUGGUUCCCCCUGGCAGGAGGAUUCCAACUGGUGAACUUUGGGCUGGGAACCCGGCAAGGUUUAUAAGGACCUUGACCCAUGAAGAGACCUUAGAGAUCCCUAAACUUGCUGUUGCAAUUAAUGAUCUGAGCAAAAGCCAUUUCUCUGAGUUCCUCCCUUACUCCACCGUAUACCUGGAGGUCGAGAAGUUAAAGAAGUCCCUGGGGAUUUCUAUUUGAUUACUUCUUUUUCUCGUCAGAUAGAAUAAGCAAUUGGACCUUUGAACCAAGCCUUUAGCUCCUUGGCCUUGUAUUUGAGUCUGAUGACCGCUAAAAACUGGCUGCAAGUUCAAACAAAUGGGUUAUAGUGAUGAUUUCAAAUGAGUUCUUUGGCAAGUCUGUUUCUUGGUUUCACUUGACAAUUGACAUCUUAUGUGAAGUAGCAACUGUGAGAAACUGUUGUAUUUUUCCUCAAUCUGAUGUAAGAUAGUGCAUUUUAUGAUUGAAUCAGAAUUCCAUAGAUCGUUUUUCCUUA